AGCUGCAAGGCCGUUGAGGUAAGAUGGCGGCGCUAACCCGUUUCCUCUCCUGGUGGCUGGGCCGCACCUUUGUCUUUCCUUUUCGGUUCCAUCGAUUGCCGUGGCUCGACCUCAGAUGGCGGCAGUCUUUGACUGGGCUUUAAAAAAAUUUUUCCCCACCCUACCAUUCCCGUUCCCCCUCGAAAAGGAUUCUCCUGAUGCCCCGAGCCCUUGGGUCAAAAUGGCGCUCGCCGGAGGCACCGAGGGCCGGCUAAGCCUGGGAGGAGGAGGGAUGGAGAAAAGGUCGAGACGGCGGUGGGGGCGGGACGAAGCCGCGGGGAGGGGAUCCGAGGGCGCGGCGCUGGAGCAGGCCUCGUGACGUGGGGGAGGGGAAGAUCCUCGAAGGCUUUUCUCGGUGUUGGUAUGAACAGAAUUCGGAUCCACGUCCUGCCAUCGAAUCGGGGCCGCGUCAACCCAGUGCCCAGGUCCCAGGAGCCCCUUUCUUGUUCCUUCACGCACCGCCCAUGCUCCCAGCCCCGGCUCGAAGGGCAGGAGUUUUGCAUUAAGCAUAUCCUCGAAGACAGGAAUGCGCCCUUCAAGCAAUGUAGCUACAUAUCUACCAAGAAUGGAAAGAGAUGUCCUAACGCUGCCCCUAAGCCCGAGAAGAAAGAUGGUGUGUCCUUCUGUGCAGAGCAUGCCCGUAGGAAUGCCCUGGCACUUCAUGCUCAGAUGAAGAAAAACAACGCUGGACCCAUGGGUGAAACACUUUUGUGCCAACUGAGUUCAUAUGCUAAGACAGAACUGGGUUCUCAGACCCCAGAGAGUAGUCGCAGUGAAGCCAGCCGGAUCCUGGAUGAAGACAGUUGGAGUGAUGGGGAUCAGGAGCCUAUUACUGUGGAUCAGACAUGGAGAGGUGAUCCUGACAGUGAAGCUGAUAGUAUAGACAGUGAUCAGGAAGACCCCUUAAAACAUGCUGGUGUCUACACGGCUGAGGAGGUGGCACUGAUCAUGCGUGAGAAACUGAUUCGUUUACAGUCUUUAUACAUUGACCAAUUCAAACGACUUCAGCAUCUGUUGAAAGAGAAGAAACGCCAUUACUUACAUAAUCGCAAGGCAGAACAUGAAGCUUUAGGCAAUAGCCUUUUGACAGGCCCAGAGGGCCUUUUAGUGAAAGAGCGUGAAAGCUUGAAGCAGCUGAAAUGUCUUCGGCGCUACCGCCAACGCUAUGGUGUCGAGGCCCUGCUACACCGACAGUUAAAGGAACGCAGAAUGCUGGCCACAGACGGGGCUGCCCAGCAGGCACACACUACUCGUUCCAGUCAGAGGUGUUUGGCUUUUGUUGAUGAUAUUCGUUGUUCCAACCAGUCUCUCCCGAUGACCAGGCACUGUCUGAAUCAUAUCUGUCAAGAUACCAAUCAGGUUCUCUUCAAGUGGUGUCAGGGCUCUGAGGAGGUACCUUGUAACAAACCAGUUCCUGUCAGCCUCUCUGAGGACCCCUGUUGCCCAUUGCAUUUUCAACUGCCACCUCAAAUGUAUAAGCCUGAACAGAUACUCUCUGUGCCAGAUGAACUGGAAGCUGUCCCCAUGGAUAUGUACUUGAGUGCUGCUGAACUUCAGCCCACAGAGAGUUUACCUCUGGAGUUCAGUGAUGACUUGGAUGUAGUGGGUGAUGGAAUGCAGUGCCCUCCUUCUCCCUUGCUCUUUGACCCUUCACUAACUCUGGAGGAUCAUUCAAUCAAAGACAUUGCUGAAGCUCCUGUGGAUAUUCUGAAUCAAGUACAGAUUGCAGUAGGUGUGCCCAGGUCACAAGGAUCCCAAAAGCCUGAAGAAACCACAGUUUCUGCAUCAUUGCCUAGAAGUGGUGUGGUUGCCACCAAUGGGAAGCCAGAACAUAUUUCUAUCAGCUGAUUGUUGCUACUGAGAACAACUUGACUUUGGGGGUGGUUGAAGUCUUCAUUUCCAUAAGAAAAAUGUGACUAUUCUUCACCAAAAGAGAGAACCCAGGCUGACUUAUUUUUCCCCCCUUUGGGCAGCUAAGCUGUAUAGUCAGUCAUAAAGCCAAAUUGUUCCGAGAAUAGAGCAAUAACUGUCUCAACUGUGGGCUACUCUUUAAAUUGGGCAAGAUGUAUGUAAUGCUGCCUGUUGUGGAUGAGUUUAUGUCCAAGGGGAAGAAAAUAUCUUGAUAAUGGAAUCCCAAAAUCUUGACCAGGAAACUGGUUGGGUAACCAAUAUGACUUCUGAAUCUGGAAACUGGUUAUCCAGUAUGCUCUAUUCUCCUAGCUUCUUGUUGACCUUUCACCAAAGUGGAGUGCAAAACUGGGCAUGUCUUACUCUCUCCAACCCAAAAGGAGUUCAGGCGUGGACAGUCUGCAAGCUCGAUACCUUAACCCUCCAGCUUCCUGCUUCUAACCUGUCUAGAGUUCUGUAGUGGUCACCUUAUGUAACAUACAAUAUAAAUUCUCUGUACAGAAUUUCUAUCAAAUGCUCUAAAAAAGGAAAGAAAGAAAAUGUGUAUUGAAAAUGAAAAAUAGUCUUAUUACUUGGAAUGAGAGUUGUGGGUCUAGUUGAAUAAUUCUGUGUUUGAGAGGACCACCUCUAUGAUGGGAAAGGGAAGGGGUACUGGCAUAUGACCUUUGUGAGAAUCUUGUACUUUAUAGAGAAGAACUCUAAAUACUCAUCUUCUAAACCUAUUAAUAUCUAGACAGGGUCAUGCUUGUGUGUAAAUAAAAUAUUGAAACUGCUUUGGGUUGGGGGGAAGGCUAUGGGGACAUUGGCCUGGGGGAUUGAGAAUGACAGUUUUGGAAAAAAAUCACCCACCAAAGCAAAACACCAUAUAUUGCCAGGGAAGGAGACAACAUAACAUCCUUUUUGGUGUCUGCCUGCUGGGGUCCUCGCAUAAUCCUAAAUCUCCACAGCCUACAGAUGUUAAUGGUAGUUGCAAAAAGGAAUUGUUUGAAGAGAUGUAGUUCUAGAAUAAAUGAGAUUUUCCUUCUCUAUACAUGUAGUGCAUAAGAGAAACUUAAUGGUUCUUCAUCGUAAUGCUGUAUAUGCACAUCAAGGUGUAUUCCCCCCUAAAAUCUAGUCAAGCCUUGAUUCUAAUUCUGAACUUACUUGACCCCAUCUGUGACCAUUGCUACCAAAAUUCAUUAUCUACAUAGUCUAAAAACUUUUGUUCUCCCUGUUAGGGUUCCAAAUUUUUAUUUUAGUCUUUCUUACAGAUCAGCCUUUUUUAAAAAAUUAAGACUGAGCUAGACUAAUACUUCCUUGGCAUUUGGAUAUACUCGGUGUUUCUGUUUCUGUAUGUCUGUCAUUCUUUGCUCUAGGUAGUUUUGCUUGUCUUCAUAUAGCCAUACAAAACUUUUUUUUUUUAAUAAAAACCCUUACCUUCUAUCUUGGAGUCAAUACUGUGUAUUGGUUCCUAGGCAGAAGAGUAGUAUGGGCUAGGCAACGGGGGUCAAGUGACUUGCCCAGGGUCACACAGCUGGGAAGUGUCAGGCCAGAUUUGAACCUAGGACCUCCCGUCUCUAGGCCUGGCUCUCAAUCCACUGAGCUACCCAGCUGCCCCCUACAAAACUUCUUGAGGUGACAUUUACUGUAUUCCUGAUAACCAUCCUAUCCCUUACCAACACAAUGACCUUUCACUGUUGGCAUCUUCUGCUUUUAAACCUAUCUCACAUUUGAAUCUUGAAAUCCUCUUCAUCCUUUCUAAAAUCUCACUUUACUCCUUCCUAGGAACUGUUCACAUCCUUUUCAUUAAUUCCUAUCCAUUUGCUAUCAAGUCAACAAGCACAAUGCCUGGCAUAUAGAAAAUGUUUAAUAAAUGCUUGUGGGGCAGUUAGGUGGCUUGGUGGAACCAGGUCUAAAGAUAUGGAGAUCCUGGGUUCAAAUGGGGCAUCAGACACUUCCUCAGCUAUGCUAUGUUACCCCUUAUCCUCCAUUGUCAAGUAACUUAUCCUCCAUUGCCUAGCCCUUCUGCCUUGGAACUGAUACUUAGUAUUGAUUCUAAGACGAGGAAUAAGGGUUAAAAAAAAUGCUUGUUGACUUGACAGUAUCCCAACUAUUCCACUGAACUGGAGUGCAAUACCCCACCUAGUUAGUCCCCACUAUGUGCUACGUUCUCUUCCACCUCAAUUUGGCUCUACCUAAGUGUUUUUCUGUUUCUGGUUACACAGCCAGAUCUUUAUCUUCAUCCUGAGGCAUCUGUGAUGUGGGAAGAGCUCUGGACAUGGGAGUCAGACCUAGAUUGAAAGCCUGGAAGCUAGGGAAUCCUAGGCAAAUCGGUUAACAUUUCUGAGCUUUAGGUUAUACAUCUAUUUCAUGAGGAUACUGUUCAACUUUGCUAACAAAACUUGUGAGGAAAGCCUUUUGUAAAUAUUAAAACACUAUACAUUCGUA